CACGUCAGGUUUAUUUGAACUAUUUAAAAGUCUGAGCUGCUCGCUGAACAAUGUCACACUGCUGGUGCGCGAGGGCGGGUGUGUCUGUCUGCGUCUGAGUGUGAGAGACAGACAGAGAGAGAGAGAGAGAGAAGAAGAAGAAGAGGAAGAAGAAGAGGGCUCGAGCUGUGCCAGACGGCAGACGGAUUUUUGGGAACGCACGCGCGCUGGCCUCGCUGCGCCGUGUUUGGAUACUUUUGGAGGAUGAGUCCCCGCUCAAGGUCGUCUCACUUGAGGACAACGUUUGGCUCCUCUACCCACCUCCGGAGCGGGCAUCCUCCAUUGCAACGUUUUUGCUCGUCAGGUCAGUCGAUGUGGGAUUUGUUGUCGGUUCGGAGACGGUGAGAUGAGAGGAGAGAUUUGAAGGCGUGUGAUUGGUGGACUGCGUUCUUCCGAUGACGGGGGGCGGCAGCGUUCUGGACCAGUUGCAGUUUAUGGGUCGGACCAAAGAAGAGGGGAUUGCAAUGGUCCAAACGGGAUGUAACGAUUCUGAUUUCAAUCUGCGUCAAUCGCCUUUGUCGAGCUAAUCCGUCCACCUGACGGGUGUGUCGUGCCGAGAUACCCACUACUCCGAGCAUUAAUUUAUAUAUAUUUUUUUCACGGUCCAUUGUUGCUCCGUUCUAAAUCCGCGGUCUGACUGAGCGGCGCGACGAACCGGCGAAACCGGUUCCCAGGGAUUCGAACGAGGAACCGAAUGCUACUGCUACUGUGGCGUUGAUAAGGAUUCGAUUCAAUGGAAUGGAUUCAUUUCUUAUCAGAGCACCCGGAGAAUCGGUUUUCAAUUAUCAUCCCUAAAGGUGACGCGCGACCCCUUAACAGCGUCACAGAAAUUCGACAUUUCCCAAAUUCCUGAACGGAAGACACAACUACAAAGCGGAACGCACAACAAGCAAGGACACGCUUGCGUGCGCUACGCGUGACCGUCCGGGCCGCGCGUCGGCCGAGCCGCGUGAGAAGGUCGUCCUUCGACUUCUACUUGCCGCUCUGCGCGUCGGCGAGCGUCUGCGCUAGGAGUCUCGGGCAUGGCCUGGCUGGACUCCGUGAGCGGGGAGCGGCCGGGAGUUUCCGGACCGGGACGCCGCCUCCUCUCUGCGCAGCGCGACGUCUUCCGGGUCGCCUCCCCCGAGGACGCCGGGCUAGAAGCGGACCGACGGGCGGCCCGCGGCGAGAGCGAGGAGUCGGAGGGCGAGUACGUGGCUGCGACGGAGAUGAGGCUGCCCGGAUUUUCCCCGCAGGACGGAUCCUCGACCCGGGCCGGUCAUCGCACGCGCACGCCGACCGAUCGGGUGCCCUCCGGCCGCCGAUCGCGUGAUCCGGCAGCCCCGACCGCGCCAACCGAAAGGCGGCAGCGGACGAAGGGCUCGGAGCAGCGGAGGCGGGGAGGAGAGGACGUGCUCCGCCGGGAGAAGGACGAGACGGCGACGGGCGGAGAGCGGGAACGAGAGGAACGACGGGACCGGACGGAAGCCGCCGGAAAACGAGGGGCGGCGGAAGUCCGGCCGACGAUCCCAACGGGAAGCGGACGGGGUGGAGACGGAGGGAAAAAGCAAGCGAAAGGAGGGCCGGGAGGGCAAGAAGAGAAGGACUCUUAUUUUGAAAAGCUGCCACAACAAAACAUACACACUGAGGACUUUUAUUCUGAAAAGCUCCCAGAACAAAUUCAGACUGAAGGCUCUUAUUCUGAAAAGCUUCCUGAACAAACUCACAAUGAGGACUCUUACCCUGAAAAUCUUCCGCAACAAAACAUACACACUGAGGACUUUUAUUCUGAAAAGCUCCCAGAACAAAUUCAGACUGAAGGCUCUUAUUCUGAAAAGCUUCCUGAACAAACUCACAAUGAGGACUCUUACCCUGAAAAUCUUCCCCUAAAAAACAUACACGUUGAGGAUUUUUAUUCUGAAAAGCUUCCAGAACAAAUUCCCACUGAGGACUCUUAUUUUGAAAAGCUGCCACAACAAAACAUACACACUGAGGACUUUUAUUCUGAAAAGCUCCCAGAACAAAUUCCCACUGAGGACUCUUAUUCUGAAAAGCUGCCACAACAAAACAUACACACUGAGGACUUUUAUUCUGAAAAGCUCCCAGAACAAAUUCAGACUGAAGGCUCUUAUUCUGAAAAGCUUCCUGAACAAACUCACAAUGAGGACUCUUACCCUGAAAAUCUUCCGCAACAAAACAUACACAAUGAGGACUUUUAUUCUGAAAAGCUCCCAGAACAAAUUCAGACUGAAGGCUCUUAUUCUGAAAAGCUUCCUGAACAAACUCACAAUGAGGACUCUUAUUCUGAAAAGCUGCCACAACAAAACAUACACACUGAGGACUUUUAUUCUGAAAAGCUCCCAGAACAAAUUCAGACUGAAGGCUCUUGUUCUGAAAACCUUCCUGAACAAACUCACAAUGAGGACUCUUACUCUGAAAAGCUUCCGCAACAAAACAUACACACUGAAGACUUUUAUUCUGAAAAGCUCCCAGAACAAAUUCAGACUGAAGGCUCUUGUUCUGAAAAGCUUCCAGAACAAAUACAACAAAUGCACAGUCUUGCUGAGGACUCUUAUUUUGAAGACAGUUUGGCACCCGUUUCAAUCGCCACGCGCACCAAAGACUCUUAUUGUGAAAGGAAAUGGCAACACAGGGAGUCCUACCAAAGCCUGGCUUCGUUCCAGUCCAGCUUCAGCAGGACGCUGCUGCACUCUGGAGUCAUCGCUUUGCCUGGAAGUCGAGAUCGAAGCGGACGCGCUCUUCUGACGGUGGACGCCGGAAACGGCGCCGUGUGGUCCAGGCCCGAAUGCCGGCGUGGCGAGCUUCUCCGCCUGAUGCUCUACUACGCCUCCACGCUCAGUGCGGCCGACGCUCCCGCCGUGACGGCGCUGGUGGACGCCCGCCGGGCCGCGCCCGCGCCCGCCCUCCUCGCCGCUCUCGAGGCCGUGCAGGAGGAGCUUCCGAACCGCCUGCGCAGCGUGUUGGUGCUCGUCGACCGGGACGCGGACGCGCCCGUGCGGGUGGACAAACGGACGCAGGUGGAGGUGUUGACCUCGCUCGAGUGUCUUGCUGAGCGCGUGGAUCCCGAGCAGCUUCCGGGAGAGUUUGGAGGCUCUUUCCGCUUCAGCCACAGCAGCUGGCUGGCCUUCCGAUACAGAGUGGAGCAGCUGACCAAUCAGUGCAAAGACGUCAUCCAGCUGCUGCGCGAGAAUGUCGACAUCAUGGAGGACACGCGCCUACCCGACACCCGCCAGGAUGCCGAGCGUCAGCUGAGCGGCUACCGGGCGUUGAUGAGCGGCGUCCUCGGAGACGGCCGAUUGGCGCGCUUGCAGCGGGAGGGCGGGACCUCGCUGUCGCUGCUGCGGCGGGACGGCGACGGCGAGGGCGGCCCUGCGGCGGCGGCGGCGGACGGCGUUUCCCGUCUGUACGAGCGGGCGGACGAGCUGCUCCACCGACUGGUGGCCGUCAACAACGGCAGGACGCGGCAGCUCCACUUCAUCCGAGACUUCUGGGCAGCGGCCGACGCCUUCGCGCAGGUGAGGGCGUGGAUGGAGGGCGAGGGCGAGCUGCGACUCGGGAGCCUCGGCCGACCGGACGGCUCGCCGGAGGCCCUGCGCCGGAAGCGGCGGGACUUCCGAGACUUCUGCUCCUCGGCGCGCGCCCGGUGCGAGGAAGGCGAGGUUCUGCUGCGCGGUCUGGACCGCUGGCGCCGCGUCUGGACUUCGGACCUGCGCGCCUACGAGGUCCGAGUGGGCUCCAUGUGGGCUCAGCUCCGAGAGUUCUCGCGGCGCGUGGACGCCGCCGGACGGCAAAUCGACAAGGCCGUCGCGCUCUACCGAUUCCUGGACCACGCAUACGGCCGGGCGAUCGAGAGUCGCCACCGUCUGGCCGCCAUCGCCGCGGAGAGGAACAUGUCGCCGGAGCGGUGCCGGGCCGCCAUUGGUUCCUUGGAGGAGCACGGGCGCCGUUACCCUCCGAUCCCAGAGGCCGCUUUCCAGGAGAUGGAGGCGCUGGCCGACGAGCUGCGGGACGAGCGCGCCGUGCGGCAGCUGAGCUUCGCCCGCGCCACGUGUCUGGAGGCCCGCGCCACGUUCGACAAGAAGAUGGCCGACGCGCGGUCGGCUCGAGAUUCGGCCCGCGAGCGACGCUCGCGCUUAAGCGCCGCGUCCGCGGAGACGCCCACGGGGGCCGGCGACGCCGCCCGGAGCCCUCCGUCGGCCCCCGUCGACCCCCGGCGAGCGUCCCUCCUCUGGCGCCUGUUUGGCGGCGACCCCGCCAGGCCCCGCCUCCACUCGUCCGCCGGCUCCACCCCUUGCUCCUUCCCCCGCCUGCUUCGUAAAACGCAGAGCUUCGACUGUCCCGCCGCCGCCGGCCAGAAGGCGUGCCGCUCGGGCCCCCCUGCCCGCGCCCUCGGCGAGCCGGCGCGCAGAGGAAACACGGGCGUGUUCAUCCGAGGUUUGGAGGUCAGCAGCACUGAGUGCGCCGAGCGAAACCCGCGCCCCAGGCCCGAAGUCCGGGCGGGGCACGGACGGCGUGGGCCCGGCACGCCGGGGACCCCCGCCGCGCCUGAGAGUCACUCUGCGGCAGGACGGGGUGACGGAAGGUGGGUUGUUGCCGCGGUUACGCGAGUCAAGCUGGCGGCUCGCCGCCGUGGUAACAGAUCAGAUACAUUCGGCAACCGGUGGUGGCGCCAGUUGGUUGUUUCCAUAGUAACACACCAGUCAAGGAAGUUGCGUCACAUCGUGGAGGAAAUGGUGACCACGGAGCGCAAGUACGUGCGCUCUCUACGCUACGUGAUUGAUCACUACUUCCCCGAGAUGGAGCGCGAAGACCUCCCCCAGGACCUGCGCGGGAAACGCUUCGUGGUCUUCGGGAACCUGGAGAAGCUUCUGGACUUCCACAGCCAGUUCUUCCUGAAAGAACUGGAGGCCUGCUGGAAACAUCCGCUGAGGGUGUCGCAGUGCUUCCUCAGACACCAGGAGCAGUUUAGCCUGUACGCGCUGUACAGUAAAAACAAGCCAAAGUCGGACGCUCUGCUGGCCAAUCACGGCCUCGCCUUCUUCAAGAGGAAGCAGCGCGAGCUGGCCGACAAGAUGGACUUGUGCUCGUACCUGCUGAAGCCGGUUCAGCGGAUGAGCAAGUACGCGCUGCUGCUGGACGACCUCAUCAAGGAAGUGGGCGGGGCGCAAGAGGCGGAGCUCACCUCGCUGCGGGAGGCCGUCGCCAUGGUGAAGUUCCAGCUUCGCCACGGCAACGACCUUCUCGCCAUGGACGCCAUCCGACAUUGCGACGUCAACCUGAAGGAGCAGGGUCAGCUGCUGCGCCAGGACCAGUUCACCGUGUGGACCGGGAGGAGGAAGUGCGAGAGGCGGGUCUUCCUGUUUGACGAGCUGCUGCUCCUCAGCAAAGCCAAGAAGAUGGACGGACGCCUCGACGUCUUCGUAUACAAACACUCCUUCAAGACGGCGGACUUGGGUCUGACCGAGUCGAGGGGAGAUGACGGUCUUCGCUUUGCCAUUUGGUUCCGGAGGAGGACGUCCAAGAACCAGACACUGACCCUGCAGGCCGCCGGCGCCGACGUUAAACGCGCCUGGACGCACGAGCUGACCAGAAUCCUCUGGACGCAGGCCACCAGGAACAAAGAGGCGCGUCUGAAGGAGAUGCUGUCCAUGGGGGUGGGCAACAAGCCUUAUUCGGACAUCCGGCCCAGCGCCGCCGCCAUCAGCGACCGAGCCGUUCACUACGUCACCGGGACACGAGGCGCAAGGACUCGAGCGUCCAUCGCCGUGUCGGCCUCCGAUCGCGCCGACCCUUUCGAGCGCGAGGCGGCGACCUCUGACCCUUCGUCGUCCAGCUUGCUGGGCUCCCUCGACCUGCACCUGUUCCGCCACGAGCCGCCGGGGGACGCCGCCUUCGUCACGUCGCCGUGCAUCGAGGAAGACGAGCGGGAGCACGAGACCGCCAGCCAGCCCUCCAUCGCCACAGAAAGUUCCGGCUCGUCACCUCGUCGCCGCGCGGGGUCGACGGGCUCCGACUCGGGCUGCGCCUCCUCCUCCCGCCUCCGGGACCCGAGCUCCGCCUCGUCCUCUCGCUCCUCCCGGAAACUUUGAGUCGUCACGCGCGCACACGCUUCCCAUUUGAGUGCCAUCGCUUCCCGAAAGGGCCGCUCGUCCUCAGGGGGCGGAGUCCGUCGUCGGCCCGGCGCCGACCCGCUUUGGACGCUUCCUGUCGACGACGCCUGCCGUUGCCGUGGCGACCUGAGGGACAAAUGUCCUAAAGGCUGCUUUUUCACACCCUUUGAAGACACUUCCUGAACGCACCGCCGGUGUCGGUGCGUGUGCGUCUGCUGCCACUUUUCCUACAUGAAUUCAAAACAAGGACUGACUCAUUUUGUCGAGCUGGGUGAUUUUCAAAUUGCCACCCCAAAAAUAAUUGGCUGUCCGCGUUGCACUAGAAUGAGCAACGUUCAAAUACACCAGCGUAGCAAUCGGCAUAUGACGACAUGUAUGGCAGGUCGGACACUAAAGAAGGAGAAAAGGAUCUAUACGGGCUGGCCAGGCAGAGGGAUAGAGAUGAGAAGGAUGGGUGGAGGCAUUCACUGGAAAGGAGAGGAAUGAAGAUGAAGUAGAAGUAAGACGUGCGCAUGAAUGAGAGGGCUGGUGGGGGAAGAGAUAGCAAGGGUGGAGGACUUUCGACACUUGGGGUCAAGCGUCCAGAGCAACGGUGAGUGUGGUCAGGAAGUGACGACCAAGGUUAGACGUUUUGGACAAAGUUCAAGAGAGCAGACCUGGAUGGUUUGGACACGUCCAGAGGAGAGGGAGUCAGUAUAUUGGCGGAAGGAGGAUGAGGAUGGAGCUGCCAGGCAAGAGAGCGAGAGGAAGAGCGAAGAGAAGGUCGAUGGACGUCGUGAGGGCAGUUGGUGGAUGCGGGAGGUAGGACGCGCUGUGGCCGCCCCCGAUGGGACAAGCCAAAAGGAAAAGAAGAAGAGCAUGACCUUCUCAUCGUUGACGACGACAUCAUCACGUGAAGAAAAGUGAAUUCAUCACAUUUUGCAAUAAAAGUCUUUAUUAUUU